CUCACUUCCACUACUACAUGAAAUUUUGUUUUCUCCACGUUUCAUUGAGUGGUAAAUCGAAGAUAAAUGAACUACUAUCGUUUUAUGGAGGCAUUCGUAGAGUGUUAUUUAAUGAUGGAAUAGAUCUAGCAUUAAAAUAUAAAGACGUUGAUGAUUCAAAAGUAUAUCCGUAAAACCGUAAAUAUGAGUUUGUACAUAGAGGGUCCUUUCUUAUUGUACACGUAUUAAGAAAUGAUUCGAUAGCAACUAUAUAUCUGGAAAUUUUGUGGAUGUGUUGACGCAGCAUCUGAAUUAAAUGGAGUAAAAAAGGAGCCAAGCGUCGGAAGUGAUCGGAAGUAAAAAACUUGUGCAGUGCAUUUCGCAGAGUAAAAAACCGGGAAACGUAGUGGAAAAUAAAACCGCGUGGUUUGGAGUAUCAGACUCGUAUUUUUUCGUCGUAACUCGUUGAAAUUCGUUGGGAUACGGAAAAGAUCGGGGGACGCGUGAGUAUACUCGGUUGGUUCGACACACACCGGCGGGGGUCUGGCGUGUCGAGGGACGGAGAGGGGGCCGCCAUUUUCCCUCCAGUGAGGGUCGAGUGUCGCGAGCGGUAUCUCUACUUGCGAUUGUUUUCUAAUCGGGAGAGGAUUUUUUUUUUCGUUUAUUGGCUGGUUCUCGGGGGGGUGUGAGAUUUUGUUAAGAGGUGUGUGGGGCGUCGGGCGGGCGCGCGCGGCACCACGGGUUCCAAAAUCGGAAAACAAAUAACUAAUAAAACGUGAAAGUUGAUUGAAAAAAGAGGGAGGGCACGGGUUAAUAAAGAAAACGCGAAUAAAGAUUGAUGGAAAUUAAAAAAAUUUCGUUUGCUUGAUUCUUCGUCGUUGUAAGGUGCAUUUAACUAGUUAAAUUUGCAAAGCGGCUUUUGUAAGAAAACUUGCAAAAGAUCGCGAAGGACGGAACUGAAGAAAAAGAAAGAAAGAUAGAGAGAGAGAAAGAGGGAGAUAGAUAUUGGCGAGAGAAAGAAAGGAGACGGGACGGACACACCGGUAGGGGAAAAACGACGUGUUUGAGAACAGUGAGAUUGUGAAUUGUUCAGUGUCGCCGGGUCAGUGUUACGAGCUAAUAAGCCCGUUGUUUCGUGAAGAAAAAUCAGGAAUUAAGUCACGAGAGAAUCGAAACGUGGAAAGCAGUGAAACGAAUCUCGUCACCGACAGGUGUCGGCGAUCAACCCGUUCGUGAUGUAUCGGAGAUUCGACGAUUGCUGCUUGAAAACGUACAAAAAGUUGACUCCUUGUGAAGACACGGUGUGACAGAGCACAUCUGUUUGAACCGCGGGUGCAAACAAUCGAGCAUCGUUAUUUUUUAAAUAAGAAAGCGUCGCUUAGUUCAGUCCCUGGAAGCACAACUGUUUUCAACACAAGUGUAACAGGAAGAAAACAAACGCGAACGAGUGAGUUCGUCUCGCGCACCUUAGCGCUUGGUUCUUGAAACCUUGCUUCACAAUAUUUUUUUCUCCAAGGAGAAAAAAGGAGAGAGCGUUGGCCCAGAGACGGAUAAAAUUUAAAAAACUGUAGGGCUGCGUUUUAAAAACGAAAAAAAAUAUUAUAACACAGGGGUGGUCGUCUGACCGAUGGACAAACGGAAGAUGCUGACCAAACGCCCUCGAAUGGAUGCCAUGCGGGGCCCUAUUGCCAAUGGCCCGAUUCAAGCUAGACCGUUAGUCGCUCUGCUCGACGGACGUGACUGUUCCAUCGAAAUGCCCAUUCUCAAGGACGUUGCUACUGUCGCAUUCUGCGAUGCCCAGUCUACUUCAGAGAUUCAUGAGAAGGUACUAAACGAGGCCGUUGGAGCGCUUAUGUGGCACACCAUAAUUCUGACAAAGGAGGAUCUCGAAAAGUUCAAAACACUAAGAAUUAUCGUGAGAAUUGGUUCGGGUGUCGAUAACAUUGAUGUUAAAGCAGCCGGUGAAUUAGGCAUCGCCGUGUGCAACGUGCCUGGCUACGGUGUCGAGGAAGUCGCUGACACUACGUUAUGCCUCAUCCUUAAUCUUUAUCGGCGUACAUAUUGGCUCGCGAAUAUGGUCCGCGAGGGAAAGAAAUUCACGGGACCUGAACAGGUCAGAGAAGCGGCACAAGGCUGCGCUAGGAUACGAGGCGACACUUUGGGUAUUGUAGGUCUAGGAAGGAUUGGCUCGGCGGUAGCUCUCCGUGCCAAAGCUUUUGGUUUUAUUGUCAUGUUCUACGACCCGUAUCUACCCGACGGUAUCGAAAAGUCUCUCGGUCUCACCAGGGUCUAUACAUUACAGGACUUGCUUUAUCAGUCGGACUGUGUGUCACUACACUGUACCUUGAAUGAGCACAAUCAUCAUCUCAUUAACGAAUUCACCAUCAAACAGAUGAGACCAGGAGCAUUUUUAGUAAAUACAGCACGAGGCGGUCUCGUCGACGACGAUGCACUAGCGGCCGCUCUCAAACAAGGCAGAAUUCGUGCGGCAGCACUUGACGUACACGAGAACGAACCAUACAACGUCUUUCAGGGUCAGUCCGCGCAAUGUCCCUUGAAGGACGCGCCAAAUUUGUUGUGCACACCGCACGCAGCGUUCUACAGUGACGCGAGCUGCUCGGAACUCCGCGAAAUGGCUGCGAGUGAGAUACGACGAGCUAUAAUCGGUCGCAUACCCGAUUGCUUGAGAAACUGCGUCAACAAGGAAUAUUUCCAUUCAUCUACCGGCAGCUAUCCCGAGGCGAUCAACGGCGGAUACUACGCUGGAGCAUUGCCGAUUCAACAGGCACAUUCGACUACUCCUCACGAUUCUGCGCCUCCACCUCCAGGUGGUCACUCGGUCGUCGGUGGUGGUGGCGGCGGUGGUGGUGGUGGUGGGGGUGGUGGUGGCGGUGGUGGAGGUGGUGGCGGCGGUGGUCCAAACUCGUCAUCGGGUGGCGGUGGUGCGGGUGGACCGACCGGACCUUCGGGACCAACGGUCGGCGGUGGUGGCGGUGGUGGGGCCGGUGGUCCCGCUUCGGCUCCACCAACUGGCGGAUUGCCGGGUUUACCACACAGCAUAGUGAGCGAGCCUGACCCCCGGCCGAGCCCACCUGCUCCGAGUCCCCGUUGACCUUGAACCCCCCUCCCCCCGCCCCUAACAUUCACUUCAACCACCAACCUUCGACCUGAAAACAAAUAUCCCUGCCGUACCACCUCCAAUUCCCACACUGCUCCCCACUCCCUACUCCCUUUAUCUCCUCCCUCUCCCGUUCACGAACAAAAUCCUUAGACACGCAUGGACACUAUUAAAGAUUUAUCAACUAUUACAAACAACAAUAUAAAUAAGACACAACAACAACAACAACAACAACUUAAACAAGAAGAAACAAAAAAAACAUCGCAGACGGAAUACGCAGAGACACGUACAUACACGAUAUUAAUUUGAAAGCAUAGAAUAAUAAAUAUCACGCGUAUGAGAUACACUAACACCCCGAAGAGCUCGACACGAGAGAACUUUGCUCGGAGAAUUCGGUUAACGCGUUUAUACACAUCAUUACGAUAUACAUUAACACGUAUGCGCAUACAUACAUGUAUACGUAUUUGAUUAUAUCUAUACAUAUAUACAUGUAUGUAUGCAUUUACCAAUGAUACGGGAAAGAAAACAACCUCCGACGACAACGACGACUACGACCGGCCGAUUAUUAAAACUGACGUGUGUGCACUAUCCAAUGUGUGCUCCAAAAUCUGUCCGCUGCUUCCGAGAUACGUGCGCGCGUGCGAACUCCCGCGCAAGAUAGAAGAAAAAAGAAAGAGUAAGAGAGAGAGAGAAAGAGAGAGUAAUGAACGUUGACCGAACGAAAGUCACUUUGCGAACGUGUGAGAUCAAACGACGAGAGAUUGUUGAUUAUGUACCAGAAUGUGAAUUGGGACUAAGAGCGAGGAUACACCUAUUUCGAACUAUUAUUAUUAUUAUUAAUAUUAUUAUUGUUAUAUUAUCUUUUUCCAUUUUAUUUUCCACGGUUCUAUCGAAAUUUGUGCUACGCGUUCUUGGCUGAUAAGUUUUUUUUUUUCUUUUGACAGAGAUUUGUCGUACCUCGACAAGAAUAAAUACAAUUCGGUCUAGAUUACGAUGUUAGGUCGAUUUAUUUCUUCUUUCUGUUCCAAUGGUUUUUCGGUUCCGUUUUUUUCUCGACUCUGAACAGUCGGGCUGACUUUUGACGGAGGGUUUGCAUUGGUAUUCGUCACUGCGAAUCCGUCCGUGUACCUCCUGUGACCUCACCUCUUCCCACAAAAUUUGUGGUAUUUCCUUCUUUUCGUUCCUCAUAUUUUCUGUAUGGUGGACAGAAGUUUUUCGUCGCUUCCAACAAAAAUUGAUAUUGCCGUGUAUUAGGGACGAAAAAAAUGUUUUUUUUUUCUCGCCAUUUAUAAUUCUCGACCACAUGGUCACGUCUUCUGUCAAUUUAUCUUUCACUCGCAAAAAUUCUCUCGUCCCGCUCAGCCGAAGGCAGUAUGUCAAAUUUUCAUAGUGAUUUUGUAAAAAAAAAAAAAAAUAAAAAAAAUAAAAGAAAAUCAUUAAAUCAAUCUUCCUUUGAAUAAUACUCGCAGCGUGGUUUUUUCUUCCCAUACAUACGGACACGUACACGUACGAACGAUUUUUUGUUCGUCGAAAUGUUUUCAAAAACAAAAUUAUGCGAAGAGACGACGGCGAUCGGGAGAAAAACGAAGUUUUUCCAUAUUAUUUUCAAGAUUCAAUAACGAGAAGAUACGAUGCAAAUUUUGAAUCAUACGUCGAGGAAGAAUCGAACAUAAUAUAUGGGCUCUGCCUGCACUCAGUGUUUUUCGUUUUUUCUUUAUCUUUCUUUUUUUGCUCGAUGCGUAUACGUCAGUAAUAAUAAUCAUUUUUUGGUCAAACGUCCGCAAAUGUGCUACGUCAAAGUUUGUUGUUUUUCUUUAUGCUUUACAAUAUGUACAGUUGUGAAAAUCCUUUGGAGUAUUUUGUAACUUUCAUGUUAGCUGGUGUGAAAUGAUUUGCCGAUCAAGAGAAAGAAAGAGAGAGAGAGAGAUAGACUGCUGUACAAAGCGUGCAAAAAUGAUCAACCCUUUGAUGAAAUUGGAAUCCCUCGUGAUUGUUGGAAAAAAUAAUAACGAAUUGUCAAAACUUAACCAAAUCUCUCGAACUUCCUUUCGUCAAAAUAACAUCUAAAACAACAAAUUAGCUAAUGUUACACGACGCAGCAUCCACCAAACGUCUUCUGUGACUCCUGCGACUUUCGAAAUAAUAAUUUCGUCCCACUCUUGACACGUGACUAAACGAAAGAUGAGCGAUUUGCGUUUUUUUUUCUCUUAAUAUAUUUCGUAUGGCGAUAGUGGCUGAGGGCACUUAUUGUAACCUUUAUGGAAUUCAUUGCGCUCUCAACUGAGCGGAAAUCUAUUUUUAACCGUCUGAUUCCUUGAGUACCUAGUACUGCGCGAAUUCAAGACUCCAAAUAUUAAAAAAAACUGAUAAAAACUAAUAAAACGUACAAAAAAUGAAGCUUCGACUGAGAUUGAAAUCAUCGUUAUUCGUCAUCGGUAAAUUUGUAUGGAUUAUGGUUCCUAAGUGUUGAUUUUUAUUAUUUGUACGAUUGACAAUGUUCCCACAGCCACCGCUUUUUUGCGGUGGAAUAAUUUCUCGACUAGUGCACCAUCCGCAGAUUGAGUACACCGCGAUUGUUUGAUCAAACGAUUGAUGUAUGAUUACAAAAACAGGCAGAAAAUUAAUCCAUCGUUAUAUGUGAGAUAUCGAAGCAGAGCACUUUCAUGACGGCUUUAGACCUUACAAGCAGUUUGUUAAGUAACACUUUAUUGUUAUUUAACAAGCCGCGAUUGCGCCCUCAUCUAAAUCGCUGAGACUUUGGAGUAUUCCUCAUUGGAGUGCAAUGGAAUUCAAGAAAAUUAGUGGAAAUGGAGAAUAGAAAAUUUUCCAUUGUCGAAAACUUCAACGUCGAAAACUUCAAAGCUGCAUACACUUUUCUGCACUGAUUGGCAAUUUGUCGUGUAAACCCGAUUGGUCAACCAGAACGCAAUCACCAUUGUAAAAGUGCGGAAAGUUUAUUGAAAACACGAAUCUACAAGCUGACCAUCGAUACAAAUGAACGAUUACACGCUCUUCGAAACGUGCGUGAUUGAAAUAUUUGCGCGCGCGUGUGUGUGUGUGUGUGUUUCGGUAUGUGUGCGUGUCGUGUGUUUGGAAAAGUGAAAAGAAACGAGUUUUAUUAACCGGUAAUCGUAUAAUGCGAGUAUAAUUAUUACAAUAAUAUGUUGAUUGGCAUGCCCAUUGGUGGUAACCCGUAUUUCGUCUUCUUUGAAGUGGCAGCCCAUUUGAUAAGUAGAAAAGUAAUGCGGCGUACAUGUUUUCAAGGUACACGAGGAAUCGAGAUGGCGAGCGAGUAUUCAAUAAUAAUUUCUUUGUUCAAUUCUUGAUAAAAAAAAUGAAGCAACAUGAUAAAAAUUGAAUAAAAAUGUAAACGAGCGGAAAGAGAAUAGAGUCCGAAAGCAAGAGAAUAACGAAAUGUUACAAAGUUUCGCGUUAGAGUAACACAUAUCGAUUUAGUUUUUUUUCUCUACUAAAUCUCGUAUUAUUUUUCUUUUUUUUCUCUAUUGAUAAUAGUUGAGGAAUCUAUGCAUGCGUGAGCACGCGUGUCCGCAUUCGGGACCCGUACAGACGAAAUAUUAUCCUGGAAUUCAGUAAUCUCCGAAGGCAUCGUUUAACGCGUUCGCAAAUAAAUAUAAAAAUGAAAUGAACAGUAGGAAUACGACUAGGGAAUGAAAAAAAAAAAAAAAAAAAACAUUGAAAAUGGACAACGGCAAAUGAAAAUCAGAAUUUUGUUUUUUUUUUCUUUAGAAAAAAUCGAGGAACGAAAAAAAAAUACGAGUCCAAUUAUGUAUGCAAACUUGCUGUUCACAAUUGUGUUUCGGUCGAUUAUUGUUUAUGGAUGUGAAUUUUGUCGGCGUCGACGAACUAUCGUUAGAUAUUCUCGUGAGAAAAAGAGCAAAGUUUAGAAAACACAACAAUAAGACUACAGAGAUCGUUGAAAAUUCAUCGAAUCCCUCGAUGUGUGAUAAAUCCGUUUGGAAGAGGAGCAAAGCUCAAGAAGUAUAAAAAAUGUUAGCCGAGAAGUAUUCGAGGCCGGUGAAGAAAGAAGUGAAACAGGGAGCAAAGUCAUUUCACCCGAUAUAAUCAGGAGAGAUUGGGACGGGGGAGCGAGAGACACAUUCGAUCGAGUAUUGAAUUACAAAUGCAUCACAUACCAUAUACGGUAACAUUGAAUGAAGAAAGAAACAUUGUUUUUUUUAACAAAAAAAUUUAUAAUUUAAUGUAAAGACAAAAGAUGGAAUAACCAAGUGGCAGAGACAAGGUGUGAACAGAAUUCAAAUAUAGAAAUAACACUACGUAAGAGAAUUGAGGAAGCGCGCGAGGGAGGAAAAGAUGAGUGGAUGAGAAAAACAUGUGAAAGCGAGAGGAAAAAGAGAAAGGUCGCUGUAUGACGAAAGGUGGUCUGGAAAGCCCACAAAAUGCUUGUUUAGACGACUCUUUAGCCAAACAGGGCCAUAUUUGUCUCCGCACUUCCCGUACGAAUGCAUAACGUAGGAGAAAAAAAAAACAAAAAACACAUUAUACAUACUUUUUUUUCAAGAAUAUUAUUAAUUAUGAAUACAUCAUUAUAUAUAAAAAGAGAGAAAGCGAUUUAAUGUUAAGGGAGAGAAAGAGAGGGAGAGAAAGAAAGAGCGAGAGCUAGAGAAAUAUUGAUGCGUGCAUAAGAGUGAAAAAACGAGAGAGAAAUUUUGACGGAUGAUAUAGACAAAGAGGAGAGAGAGAGAGAGAGAGAGAGAGAGAGUGAGCGAGCGAGCGAGAGAAAGAGAAUACCAAGAAAAAAAAACAACGCUACGCUAUUGGAGAAAAUGAAGUUGUUCUUAUAUAGUUUUAAUUUUGUGAAAAGAGGCGAAAAUUAAUGUGACUAUGCGAAAUCCGAAGUAUGUGGGGAAGAAAAAAUAAUCCUGUCCAUCAACAGUAACCCAUUCAACAUCCGAUCGAUCACACGAGGUCUCCCCUUUCUCUUUCCCGUUGUCCCCACAGUCCCGCUAUUUUCCUUUGUCGAAAUGGAGCAGUCCCUCGGACGUGGGACUGACGAAUCGAAAAAAAAACAAAAAAAAACAAUGCAAAACUCCCAUUAACAUCGAUCCAUUUUCUUUUCAUCAGUUGCGUUUUUUUUUCAUAAAAAUUCAUACAUGUAUAUACUUAUGUUUUUGCGUGGCAUGCUUAUAUACAUGUAUACGCAUUAUCCUUCGUCCUUUGACUUCCCCUCCCAACUCCUAUCCCAUCCCCUCGACAAAGCGUCGAAAUCAGCCUCAUCAUUCUACGAUUAUACAAAAAAUGAAAAUGCAAGAAUGAAUAAAAAAAUAAGAAGGAAUGACGAGUUAAGGGAAAAAGACGGAAUUUAACUGAUGAGGAAGUAUGAGAGAUGCAGAAGGGCAAAAAUAACAGAAUAAAAUGAAACAACCACAAGAUGAGAAGUAAAUGUGGUGAAAACCGCAACAUUAAUAUUAGUUAUAAUUAAUAAUAAUAAUUAUAAUAAAUACAAUAUUUGUACAAUAA